AAGUCAGUGACGUCCACAGUUCGGCGGUUUUUAUCAGAUCAUCAGAUAAGAUAGAUUCCCGCUCUUCUCUCACAGCGUCAUCGUCAUUUCCUCCCAACUUCUCUGCUAGACGGAUUUACCUCGAACACAAAGGGCGAUUUUAUCUCUUCUCGAGCUCCAAUUACUUCCUCGCUAGCUCAGAUGUAUAACACCAAUACCGAUAUCUGGGUUGCUGGAGCCUUUGCAGCAUUUACGGUCGAUCUCCUCGUUUAUCCGCUUGAUACCCUCAAGACUCGAAUUCAGUCGCCUCAUUAUGAGCGCCUUUACAAGAACACCGCUACGGGGGCGAUAAACCGAGCCGUGCUCUUCCGUGGGUUGUAUCAGGGGAUAUGGAGCGUUGUGCUCGCGACAAUACCGUCUUCCGGCGCAUUCUUCACCACCUACGAAGGAAUCAAAUACGCAUUAAACGCAUCCUCCAAAUCCAACCCCGACUCCUCCAAAACUAACAUCCUACCCUUCACCCACUCCCUUCCUACACCCGUCGUCCACGCUAUCGCAUCUUCCUCUGCGGAGCUCGUCUCCUGCUUCAUCCUCACACCCGCCGAGGUGCUGAAGCAGAAUGCGCAGAUGGUCGGGGCCCGUGGUCCGUCAAGUUGGAGCCAGAGCACCACGCUCCAAGUCCUGUCCAAGUUCCGACGAAAUCCCUUCCGGUUGUGGAGUGGAUACACGGCGCUGAUUGCGCGUAAUCUGCCUUUUACGGGUCUGCAGUUCCCUAUGUUCGAGUACUUGCGCACGCACAUGAUUGAAUGGAGACGGGAGCGGAAAGGUCAAAGUGCCACGUCCAGCGCGAAUGAUCUGCUGAUUGAACGCGCGGGCAUCACGUCCGUUGCGGCUGGGUUGGCAGGAAGUGUAGCGGCGGUGGUCACGACGCCAAUUGAUGUGAUCAAGACUCGAAUCAUGCUCUCAGCCGGUGAUAGUGAGGAACAGCGACGUGCAGCCGUUCGACAGAAUCGAAGCCGUGGCGCCUGGGCUGUUGGACGAGAAAUCUGGCUCGAGGAAGGCAUCAAGGGUCUUUUUAAGGGUGGUGCUAUUCGCGCAUGCUGGACGGCCGUCGGCCUUGGUCUUUACCUGGGCGCCUAUGAGGGCGGUCGAUUCUAUCUCGAAAACCGCCGAAAGGAAAAGGAUACCGCGAGAGGCAAGCUGGGCUUGAAGAGUGAGGAAGGAGAAGCUGUGAUCUGAUCCUUUUUUAUACUACCUUUUUUUUGACAGACUGCCGCUGGCAGAAAAGAAGAUUCCUUUUAAUGACGGAGUUGUGACUUGAUUUUGCUUUCCGUCAUGUUUCCAAGUCUCAUGAUAUCUUUUCUAUAACUAUGAGGACUUGUCGAAGAUUGUAUGAUUUCUCAUGGGAGCUGGGUAUUUUCCCUUUUUUCGGUCUUUUCUGGGUGGCCAUCUGCUAGAGCAAUAUUUCUGAUACAUCUAUUUUUAACUUUCUGUGAAAUCUGCGCGACAGGCGAAUAUGUUGGAUAGCUAAGUUCUUCUGUUUCUGAGAAUUCCUGACGAUGUUCACUAGGUACGGGAGACCGGGUUAAAGAAGAAAAAGUUACGGUCUGCACUGCAUAGUGUCUGGACAGGGUUAUGCUUGUUCGAAUGUAUAUCUUCCGAU